UAGGUUAGAUCAAACAAUGAACGUUGUAGGACCUCUGGUGUUACUCUGUUGCAUUAUUGGAGGAUAUAGCUCGCAACUUGAAGUGCUAAAUCAAUGGACACUAUUAAAUUUUGAUCUACCAUUUGAAUAUAGUUACGAAGAUAUAAGGUUAGAAAACACCGUCUUUACGGGUUUCGAAGUGACGAGCAAUCGCAUCUUCCUCGCAACACCGAGAUUGCGUGUCGGAGUUCCGGCCACCCUGUCGACCAUCCCCAGAAAUACACCCCCGGGAUCCAGCCCCGUCCUUCAAGCCUUCCCGGAUUGGUCCAUGCACGGAGCCGUUCGAGGGGACGUCAACUGCACCGGGCUUAUUUCCGUUUAUAGAAUCAGGGCUGAUUCCUGUAACAGGUUGUGGGUUUUGGAUUCAGGGGUUAUGACAUCCCUAGACGACUUUACAAGAGUGUGUAACCCCAAACUGAUGGUGUUUGAUCUAAGAACGGACCAGAUAGUACGCACUGUGAUUUUCCCAAGAGAGGUGCUUAGGCCAUCUUCACUUCUAACCAAUUUGAUAAUAGAUGAAGAUGUCCAAGGAAGAUGCGAUUCGGCAUUUGUAUACAUGUCAGACACAGCGUCGCCAGGUCUAGUGGUAUAUGACGGUUUAAAGGACCAAGCUUGGAGAAUAAUGCAUCCAGCUUUCUUCCCUGAUCCAGACUUCUCGGACUACAAUGUCGAUGGCGAGUCAUUUACACUGAUGGACGGCGUAGUAGGCUUAGCACACUCUCCCACACUAUCGACACUUUAUUUCCAACCUUUAGCAACUGACAGACUAUUUAGCAUCCCCACAUCAGCGUUAACCAAAGGUCCACCAGUCGAAUUCGAACAAAUGCCAGUAUCACUUGUUGGAAAAAAAUCGUCACAAGGCCUGGGACUAACUAUAAGUCUCACCGACGAUACUCUUUACUUCAGCCCGUUAACUGAAACGGCAGUAGCCACUUGGAACCCAGUGACAGGCCAACAAAGACUGCUUGCCUAUGACUCAGAGAAACUUCAAUUUCCCGCAGAACUGAGGUGGCUGAAUGACGGCAGCGUAUGGUUAUUGAGUACAAGGUUCCAGAAGUUCUUCAAAAGAACCAUUAUAUCAUCGGAAAUUAAUUUAAGAAUCAUUAGAAUCCCCCCUAAAAACGGACUUUCGCGGGGUGUAAACAAUCAUUUACUUUAUUAAUUUUUCUUUUUGCGUAUUCGCAUACUGUUGUCAUACCGUUACCUACCUACUUUACUAUCCAUUUAUAACAUAAUAUUGAUUAAGAUAAGCCUGCCAAAAAUGUAGUUUAAAACUGUAAAUUCAAGGGAACAGUAAUUUAAGUUUUAGAACAUAUUUCUCUUUGUUUUAGAAUUAAUUGUACAAUGAUUUAAAAGAAUGAAUGCCCCGAAGAAUCCACAAUAAAAUGCCUGAUCAUGACACUGUUAAUUUCCAAGGUUUUCGUUUAAAUGUAAAAGACUGCAAUAUUGAUAUAGCAAAAUUUGUAUUCAAAGUUAUAUACAUAAAACAUAAACAAUAUUAAUUAACAUAUAUAAAUAUAUCUAAAUGCUAAACAAAAUUGUGGAUUUCCCACACAACUGGUUAAUUAAGUAAAAACCGAGAAAAAAUCAAUUUUAUUAAGUAACAAAAAUCAAACAGCCUGUCUUUUGAUAUUUUCACUUUUUAA